AUGCUAAAUGAGGUAGUUGCAGAUUUUGGCUAUUUCUUAACUGCUAAUAAGGAAUGUCAAAACUCUAUCUCGAAAGGAAUUCAGCCUACACCUCCGGUUCUUCGAGCAGAGCCAGUGAUGCGCAACCUAGAUUCAGCUUUUCUGAGUUCAAACAGAGAGGGGAAAGUGAAGAUAACAAUGGAUGACAUAGAGGAGGAGGUUGCAUACUGGAAAUCGGCUAUAGUUUGUUACGUUCUUUGUGCGAAUCCACCUCUUGCAGUUCUGGAAGGCUUUGCACGACGGAUCUGGAAGGACAAAGUGGAUAAGAUAGGUAUGGUCUCUUAUGGUGUUUUUCUCAUUAGAUUUACUAGUAUUAAAGAUAGAGAUGAUAUUCUUGCUGGAGGUUAUAUCUUCUUUAACAAGAGGCCUGUCAUUAUGAAGGCUUGGGAUCCUAAUUAUAAUGUUAAGAAAGAGGAUAUUAGAACCAUUCCUAUUUGGAUUCAGCUAGAGGACUUAGAAUUGAAGUAUUGGGGGCAGAAAUCAUUGUUUAAAAUAGUUGGGCAGCUAGGAAAACCUAUUAUGGUUGAUGAGGUUACUAGGGAAAGGGAUAAGCUACUUUUUCCUAGAAUCCUUAUUGAAGUUUCAAUGGAGCAAGAGUUUCCUGGCCUGAUCUAUUUUGAGAAUGAGUUUGGUAAUGAUGUGUCUGUGGUUGUCAAUUAUGAGUGGAAACCUAUUCUGUGCAAACAUUGCAAAGGAAUGGGACAUAGUUCGGAUGAUUGUAGAAAGAAGGAGGCAAAAAAGCAAGAAUGGGUGGUGAAAGGGGUGAAGAAACAAGUGCCCGAACUGCCUAAGGAAGAUGCAGAUGGGUUUCAACAAGUGGUGAAGGGUUGGAAGCUUAAAAAUCAGCAAGCUCCUGCUGAAGCAUCUAUCUCGAACCAGUAUACUGCUUUACAGAAUGAGGAAGAAAAUGAAUUGCAGAAGGAAGAGGAUCGGGUGACUGAAGAAGUGCAUGAAGCGAUAUUAACUAGAGGAGGGGGAGAACCUCCUUUAAACAAUGGAUAG